AUGGCCUCUGUGUCUAUGCGCAAAUCCUAUUGGAAGUCGCUCCAAACAAUCCUCCAGGAGGUCACCACUCGCGACAAUGUCACCUUCAUACACCCAUCGAAGCUGACCGCCAUUGGCUUUGUGCGGAACCCGCCAAUUGAUACCCAGACACCGAUACAAGGCCGAGUGCGGCAUCCACGGUCCAAUGCGACCAAGGAGUUCCAGUCCCGAGAAGCAGCGAGGCUACGGAAGGCUCUGCACGCCAUGUCGCACGGGAAACACAUUUUUGUCUACCAUCAUGUGAGGACCAAGCAAGUGGUCUACUCGCUGACCCGAGAGCUGGAGGAAAACAACGUCCUCCGUCAGAUGAUCUACCACGGCAAGCAGACUGUCCCCGCCGAGCUGCGCACCGACAUGUGGGUGCCCUACUACUCCGUGCACUUUGCCGACCCAAGACUUGGGCUGCGCGCGUUCAAGAUGCUCCGCGAGUUCUCGAAGCAGCGCCAACUCAAGCCUCCCGCGGAGAUGAUCACCGUCACCCCAGAAUUCCUGGCGAAGAUUCGACCAAAGGACCCCAAUCUUGCAAAGCAGUUCGAUAGGAUCAAUAAGCACCGACUAGGCCACUUCAUGUCGAAGAAGGAGCGCGCGCGGGUCUUGAUGGAUCAGAAGGCUACCUCCAUCGCCGAUGUUUCUGCCGUGCUGGCCAUCCAGGAAGAAGAAAUCAAGAACGGAUUGCUGGACCGGAUUGGCAAAAACACCAAAUACGACAAGCUCAUGGAGACCAUGAAGAAGAUGCCUUUUUCCAUAUGGAGCUGGAAAUUCACGAAGAAGGCUUGGGUCCGGGACAUUCUGCAGGUCCACGAGGCCGAGAAGAGGGUCGCCGCGAAGCGAGCUGCCAGGAUCACGCGAUUUGAAACCUGGCUCAGUGCCCAGACCGGCAAGACCAUCCGGAUCAGCGAUAAGGAUGGCAACUACCCUCAGCAACCUGGGGAGUUCAAGAUCCUCUGGCGCGAUGUCUACGAUGCGAACUACGCCGCUUCCUGGCCCAACAGCGUCGAGCAUGGUGAACUACAGCCAGGCUGGUGGUUUGCCAGGUCUACUAUCCCCGUUGAGAGGCAAAUUAUCCAGCCCAAGCUGAAGGCGGCGGAAGGCCCGAAGGCGGAAGCGGAGACGCACUAG